UACUGUGAAGUUGUAAUUUUAGCACACAGUUCACUUUUUUCGUAAACGAAGAGUGACAAAGAUGAAUGAUGGAAAACUCUUGAUGAUCAUUAUCGCGUUAGUCUUACUCUCCAUAAACUUAAUCAUCGUGGGUUCCGAGGUUCUCAAAGACGAAGAGAAAGGAAUUGAGAGAUUUACCAACUCUUCUGGUGCUCUCGCUAUAAUCGUCGGAUUUUCAUCAUUCCUUACAAUCAUUUGUCUACCUGGUGGAACUUACGUGACGAAAACAAUUUACUUUAUUUUUCUUUUCAUUGUUUUCAUCAUGGAACUGGUUUUAAGUGGGUUAGCUCUGGCGGCCGUUUCCGACAACAAUGACAUAAGUCGCAUUAUGAAACUAGUUUUCGAUAGUUACGCCCAAAAUCAGACGUACACGAACAAACUUAGUGUUGAUACUAUUCAACACCAUUUGAGAUGUUGCGGGUUUGAUGGUCCACAAUACUGGACCUCGCUUGGCUUCAAGGAGUAUCCUGAUAGUUGCUACCAGGAUCCUCUCACUAAAAAAAAUUUGCACAGUGUAGGAUGUCUGGGUAGUUUUCGUGGAAGAAUGAUGCCGAAAAUUACGGUUAUUGGGGUAUUAGCGCUUCUGCUUGCACUGAUUAAGAAUUUUGUUGUUUCGUGGAUUGUCAUUACGGACAAAGUCGCCUACCAACAGUUUCUAUUCGUGAUUGUUGCUACUGUGUUUUUAGUUUACGAAUACCGGAGGGGUCACUAGACACAAAAUCAACAAGUGCAUUUUUUAGAUAAAUUAUAAAGACUGAUUUUGAAGAUUUUAUUUUUUGUGAUAACGCCUGUAUGUGCCUAGAUUUUUUUAAUUUUUGUUAAUAAAGAUUCGCCGCUUCCUCGAGAUGGGUAAUACAACUACAGACCACAAAUUGUUAAAAAAGAACUUUUAAUUAACUUAUUUUCAUAUUGGCAGUAGAUGGCACUACGAUACAUAAAAAUUACGCUACUUUUCCGUCCUCAUUGAAAUAAGGACCUUCCCAACAUUCUUCCUCUGCGCCAACAACUUCGUGGCCUCUACCACCCUCUCCAUCGGAAGAACCUCAUGGAUUUUCACCCUCAACUUCUCUUCUUU